UGCACAAACCAAGCUUUCAAAGUUGGCAAUAUGACUGUGCAUUGAUCAUUUGAUCAUGUGGACCUGUCGUGAUGUUGACAAGUACCGAAAUGAUGACCAGUCACUAAAUAGAAAUUUGCAACUAAUGAAUCGGAAACUUGGCAUGAACAACAAAUUCGAGUCUGCAAAGGGAUUUCCAACAUCUGGAAGUGUCAGUUAUUGACGUUUGUAUUGACGUUGGGUUGUUCCAACGGAACGGCGAAUCAAUCAAAACGAUUGUCCAAGCAUUGCAUCAAAGGCAGGAGCUCGCAUCAGUCAGGGGUGACGUUGUGAAUUCAAACCGGAAACGUUUGACGAGAGUGACAACUAAAUGAAUCAAGACGCUGAGCAUGCAUGUUUGCACACGAUUGUCAUUUCAGAAUUUGAAGCUUUGGCUUGUUUCUUCCAAUAAUCUCAAACCAAGAUAGUGCUUCUCCUUUUCCUUAUGAUUAGUUGGGCUGGGGUUAAUUGAUCAAGUGGAUCUUCAAACCUUGCUUCAUCAGGGGACCCAAAGAAUAAUUACGGCGGACCAAAAUCGAAACCACGCCAUCAUAUUCAAACCGACAAUGCUCUCAGCUCUAACAUAUGUAUUGGACCCAUUUGUUGUUGCUGAUUGCAGCACUGAUACAUAAUGGUGCCUUGGCUCAAAACAAGACGGAAUCGAAUUCUCGUCAGAAAAGGCUCUUCAGCAUUUUUAACAUCGUCUCGUUCAGGAAUGACCCUUGCACCACAACUGGAGCUGGAAAUCUGGGUGGAACGUGUCUAGAUUCGACAGCGUGCUCCUCCAAGGGAGGAACUGCUUCCGGAAAUUGUGCUUCCGGUUUCGGAGUGUGUUGCCUUUUCAUUGUCAAAGGUUCUUGUUCUGCGGCUCAAUCCAUUUCUCAGAAUUGUACCUACAUACGGAACAACGGAUAUCCGGCCGCCGAUACCACAGUCAGCGAGACAUGCACCUACAACUUCGAUCGGAUUAAUAACAAUCUUUGUCAGAUUCGGCUAGAUUUUAGAGCAUUGACCACAGAAGCUGCCACCACAGGAAUUUGUGGAACAGCAGCGGAUGCCAUCAGUGUGACAAGCCCGUUUUCAUCGAAUGACAAUGGAUUUCCUCCGGUGGUAUGUGGAACUUUGACAUGGCAACAUAUGUAUUUUGAGACGGGUACUAGUGGAACAAAUGCUGGAGCGUUGGCCAUUGCUAAAGGAAGUGGAGCCGGAAAUCGAGUAUAUGAUAUCAAAGUUACCUAUUAUUCUUGCGAUAAUGUGGCCAAAGCACCUGAGGGUUGCACGCAAUACUUUACCGGACCCAGUGGAUCCUUCCAGUCUUUCAACUUCGCCAAUGGUCAGCUCCUGAGUAGCCAGAGCUAUCGAAGCUGCUUCAGACAAGAAAUGGGAUUUUGCCGAAUUGAAUUACGUCCUUCCAUCACUGAGACUCCGAAUCCAUUCUUCCUAUCGGGCCCAGAUUCAGCUUUGGCGGCAGUUGUUGGAUGCCAAGCUUUAAGCUACAUUACCUUUCCCAGCACAGUGGUCGGCUCUUAUUGUGGAGGAUAUUUAAAUUCCCUGGGCGGGGCCACUUCUUCUGCCCCACAAGUCUCUAGUCCUGGAGCGCCGUUCGAGGUUGGUGUGCGGUCUGUGGCAACGACAAAUGGUGGGAAAACGGGAUUCAAUCUGGACUUCACACAAAUACCUUGCGCUUGAUUUUGAAAAACAUUGACGUGCACAUUUCAUCCUUGCAAUGUCCCCAUUUUAGACACCCGAAGAAAAAUUCACUUUAAAGUCAUUUACAUUAUUCAAAUACACAUCGUCCGCUAGUUA